CGCUGGUUCUCCGUGCCCUGCCAUGGCUCCCGAGCGGCCCCCGCAGGUCUUCGCCGAGGCCGGGCGCCAGAGCGGGCUGCAGGUGUGGCGCGUCGAGAAGCUGGAGCUGGUUGCGGUGCCCCCCGGGCUCCACGGCGACUUCUUCGUGGGGGACGCGUACCUGGUGCUGCACACCGAGCGCCGCGGCUCCGGCGUCGCCUACCGCCUGCACUACUGGCUCGGGAAAGAAUGCACCCAGGAUGAAAGCACAGCUGCAGCUAUCUUUGCUGUUCAAAUGGAUGACUAUUUAGGAGGAAAGCCUGUGCAGAGUAGAGAAAUUCAAGGAUAUGAAUCUACUGAGUUUGUGGGUUACUUCAAAGGAGGAAUUAAAUACAAGGCAGGUGGUGUUGCCUCUGGAUUUAAUCAUGUUGUUACUAAUGAUCUGAGUGCCCAGAGGCUGCUCCACAUCAAGGGCCGGAGAGUUGUAAGAGCCACAGAAGUCCCCCUGGCUUGGACCAGCUUCAACAAAGGAGAUUGUUUCAUUAUUGACCUUGGAACUGAAAUCUAUCAGUGGUGUGGCUCAUCAUGCAAUAAAUACGAGAGGCUGAAGGCUACUCAGGUUGCUAUUGGCAUUCGGGACAAUGAACGAAAUGGAAGGUCUAAAUUAAUUACUGUGGAAGAAGGGAGUGAACCAGACCGGCUCAUAGAGGUCUUAGGGAGCAAGCCACAGCUUCCUGAGUGCAGUGAUGACGAUGAUGAGCUGGCUGAUAUUACAAACAGGAGAAGCGCUAAACUAUAUAUGGUGUCAGAUGCAAGUGGAUCCAUGAAGGUUUCUGUGAUAGCAGAGGAAAACCCCUUCUCCAUGGCUAUGCUUUUGUCUGAGGAGUGCUUCAUUUUGGACAAUGGUGCUGCCAGGAAGAUCUUUGUGUGGAAAGGCAGAGAUGCUAACCCUCAAGAGAGAAAAGCUGCCAUGAAGAAUGCUGAACAAUUCAUACAGCAGAUGAAUUAUCCUGCCAACACACAGAUUCAAGUCCUUCCUGAAGGAGGUGAAACGCCAAUUUUCAAACAAUUUUUCAAAGACUGGAAGGAUAAAGACCAAAGUGAUGGGUUUGGCAAAGUAUAUGUCACAGAGAGAGUGGCUAAAAUUGAGCAGAUUGAAUUUGAUGCUACCAAGUUACAUGAGUCUCCACAAAUGGCUGCCCAGCAUAACAUGGUAGAUGACGGUUCAGGGAAAGUAGAGAUCUGGCGUGUGGAAAGCAGUGGCAGAGUUCCUGUGGGACCUGAGACAUAUGGACAGUUCUAUGGGGGUGACUGUUACAUUAUCCUCUACACUUACCCCAGAGGGCAGAUCAUCUACACGUGGCAAGGAGCACAUGCUACAAAAGAUGAACUGACUGCAUCUGCAUUUCUGACUGUUCAGCUGGAUCGGUUAUUGAAUGAUCAGGCCGUGCAGAUCCGAGUCAGUCAAGGCAAAGAGCCUCCACAUUUACUGAGCUUGUUCAAAAACAAACCACUUAUUGUCUACAAGGAUGGGACAUCCAAGAAGGAAGGUCAGAAACCUGCUCCACCCACACGACUCUUCCAAAUCCGCAGGAACCUGGCAGCCAUUACUAGGAUUGCAGAGGUUGAUGUUGAUGCAACGUCACUGAACUCCAAUGAUGUCUUUGUUCUCAAACUGCCAAACAACUCUGGCUACACCUGGAUAGGAAAAGGAGCAAACACAGAAGAGGAACAAGGAGCUCAGUACAUUGCCAGCAUUCUUAAAUGCCAAACUGCUAAGAUUAAUGAAGGCCAGGAACCAGAGGAAUUCUGGAAAGUACUUGGAGGUAAAAAGAAAUAUCAGACUUCAUCCCAACUCUUGACAAAGGCUGAAGAUCAUCCCCCUCGCUUGUAUGGUUGUUCUAAUAAGACAGGUAGAUUUAUUAUUGAGGAGGUCCCUGGAGAAUUCACUCAGGAUGAUUUGGCUGAAGAUGAUGUCAUGUUGCUGGAUGUUUGGGAUCAGGUUUUUGUCUGGAUUGGGAAGGAUGCUAAUGAAACUGAGCGACAGGAAUCCGUUAAAUCUGCCAAACGCUAUAUUGAAACAGAUCCUUCUGGCAGAGAUAAGGGGACCCCCAUUGUAAUCGUGAAGCAGGGGCAUGAACCCCCAACAUUCACGGGCUGGUUCCUGGCUUGGGACUCUAACAAAUGGAAGAACUGAUCUCUCCAACGAGACUCCAGCUUCAAGCCAAAGAAUGAUCAGAGCUCAGCUACUUUCUAGUAGUUUUAAGCAUAAGCUUAUGAAACAAUGUGAUGCAUCUGUUGUUACACUUUCUUAAGCUUUGAUAUAUUUCUGUGAAUAACCUAGAAAUUCUUAGCACUGGAAAAGAUAAAUGCUAAUUGUAAACUGACCAAGUGGGAUGAGUGGGGCUUUUAUAGUAGUAAAUACAGAAAGUGCUACCAAUCUUUAACAUUUAAAGAAAGAAAUCUUUCUUUAAUCAAUUGAUUAUUCAAAUAAGCUGUGGAUCAGUUUAUUUUAAUGUACUAAAAUGGGCCAAAUUCUGCCUUUACUUAAUAAGUAAUUACCAAACUAAUACCACAGAAAUUCCUUUAGAUUAAGGUCAGCAUAAUAUUGUGCAGAAUUUGGCCUGAUAAAGGAGUAAUUCUAUAUCUGUUGCAAGGGUAGGACUGGACCUGAUUUAAUUACUAGGCCGGUAUAUUGUUAUACUCACUUAAAAUUUCAGAUGAUGUCUGUGAGCUGUGUCUUGCAGGGGGCAAAUAAGGGAUGGGUAUUUUGAGAAAGCUGUGCUUAACAUGUUUGCUUGCUCCACAUACAUACAUAUGGAGCUUUGGAAUGAAUGCUGUUCGAAAAUUAAGUCAACAAAGGUUUUUUUGAGGGACUGUCUAGCUUAUUGUUAGGAAUUCCAUUAGAUUUGUCUCUGUGAACCAGCUCCAUCAACUUUUUUAGCCAAAGUUCUUAAACAUGUUGUAGUGCACUAGUGCUUUAAAGUGGAAACAGAAGAAGCAACAGCUUCAAAAACAUAUUCUGCCUUAACCAGACUGCACUUAAGCCAUACUUUGCCUCAGUUGCCUUACUCAGAAGUACUCAGUGCUUUUUGAGCGUGCAGAUUGUUCACCUUGUCAGGUGCAGGAUAUCUUUCUAAUUUUUUGUGCAGGUCUUAGACAAACAUCAAGCACAUCAAAAACAAGGAAACCUGUAGCAUUUCUGGGAAUCUGGAUGAGUAUGCACCAUAGAAUAUCACUUUCUCUUUUCUCUCAGGCACAGUAACUUGGGCUUUUUUUUUUUUAUUCUGAUGAAUUUAAGAGUACAUUUUCAAAGUGGCUUUUAUUUGUAACUUAGCCAGAAAAGUAUACUUAUGGGCAGUGGGCAAACUUCUUAAAAUCUUGAGCAUGGCUUUGAUCACUUAUUCUGUAAUGCUUGUUUUAAACAACAAUUUGUACAGUUGUAAAUCAUGUCAACGAGGCUUUUUAAUGACAGCAUUUCAGCCGUUUUAUUAUGCUUAUAAGUGAGGUUGGAAAGUGAAAUUUUAGACAUUUUUGUAUUUUUUUUAACAUGACUGAUUUUGAAUCUGGGUAAUGCAAAAGAGCAAGUUUAGUCUGAGCUGAAAAUAUCAGUGAUAAAAGAAUUGCAAAACUAAGAGAUUAAUUAUAUGAGUUUGUUAGCUUUAAACAUUUGUUUAAAUCUCUGCUAAUGUAUCUGGGCUGCAAUGAAUGUAAUUCAAUUUAAAAUAAAAUUACAAAAAACAGUAUUCUAUAUGCCAAGCUGAUCUUCCUCUCUCUGACAUAUUGUUGGUCAGUGCUUCCACUGCUAUCUAGCAAAACUUCCUAAAAUAAACAAGUAGAAACCUUCCUUUUUAGAUGGACAAUGUAAUGAGAAGUUACUUGGUUUUACUCCGGUGCCAUUUUACCCAGUGGAGGCUUAAUUCUUCCCAACAACUUGAAAGUUACAAACCUAAGGGAAAAUCAAAGAACUGGGUGCUUAUUAGCUUGUUAUUUUCAUCUUUGAGAAAAACUACCAUUGUUGUCAAACUCUUUGAUUUUAUAACUUUUUAUUUGCACAAAUGACUAGAGAAAUAGCUAUUUUUUAAAAUAGGAGGAAGCAAGUUUAUGUUUGUUUUUAAAGGAUAAAUCUAGCUUUUUACUUGUAAGAGUAGAUAAGAUGUCCUUCUCCUGCUGGAAGGAGCACAAAGACCUUUUCAGUUUCUCAGUCACUGAACAGCCUGUAAUUAUCUGAUUGUCGUCUUCAACACAUUCAUAUGAUUCUUCUCAUUUUUAAAAAAUAACAGUUAUAGUAGCUUCUGAACCAAGGAUUAGACAAGAUUUGCCCUUCUUGUACAUAAAUAUCUUCCGGAACAUUGAGGGCUCUGAACUGGCACAGUCUGGCAACAUAUUCUCCAGCACUGUGAAAGCCUCUUUUCAGUUCCCCCCACACAAAACAGAGGAGCUUUUGUGGUCUCCUGGCCUGGGCGUUUGAGUUUGUAAUACAUUGUCCUGGCACGUUGAUUACUGAUGUUGAGAAGAGCAUUGAGAGCUCAUAAGGGAAUAGUGUUCUCAACUGGGCUUUAAGGGCAACAGCUGCUAGCAACAUUGUUCUUGGGUUUACUUGCCAGUGGGAAGUUUAUUUUUCAUACAUAUAUAUGCAGUACACAUUCUUGAGGGAGGGAAGGAGGACGGACAGGAUGGACUACGAGUGCUUGGAAGUGUUAAAGAUUAAGCUUUUUUCAAGAAAAUAUUUAAGUACAUAACUAUGAAUACACUAUAAAUAGCAAACCUUGAUCUCAGAAUUAAUAAAAAAAAUUCUGUAGAUCACUACAGUCAAGUUCAGUCAAGAAUAAGCUACAUCUUGCAUUAUUAUCAAACUGUAAUAGCAUGUUCACUCUAUUUAUAAAGGCAAAAUUAGACCCUGAUUUAGCAGUUUUAUUAUGCUACUAAACAGAAAGUAUUCAUGUUCUAUUGAUUGCAAAUACACCGUCAUCUUUAUUUCAGUGCAACAGAAAGAUGUUGGGAAUCCUUAGAACCAACAGAACAUCAUAGUACUAUAUAGUAUUUAUAUUACAUAAAAUACUAUAAUCUUAGAAUAUAACUACAGAUUGUGCACAGGAGAGGAACCAAUUUGUGGAAUCACUGCUCUAAAUACCCAUUUUGACCAUAGCACAUAGUGCUAUAUAGCACCAGAUCUGCUGUAAAUGAUUAUGUUAAAUGUAGCUAGAUUCAAUUGAACAGUUUGAUUUCUUGCCAGUGCAGAUUCACACAGGCUUCACCUGCACCAAUAAGAAAAUAAGGGAGAUGGGAGAUGGUAGACAGUGGGGUUGCACUAUUAUCCCUCACAGGAGAACUAAAGUAUUAUGCAGAAAAUACUUUGCUCACUGGACUGUAGCAGGAGAUGCUCUUGGACAUCUCUAUAGGCUACAUGAGCUAUUCUUAUUAUGAACUUUCUCAUCUUCUUGUAGUCUUCAUUUUUACUGGAUCU